ACACCCAUUUUUCGUUAGGAGCUGCGAUUAGUGUUCAGGGAAACUACUGGUGUCGUCGUGUGUCUAUCAGUGUUAGCUCACAGUCUCCAUAUGGACCGCCCAGUUCGUAGAUCAAGACAGAGAGUACCUCCAAGUGGACUGGUAGGACUGCUGCCACAGGAAGAGGCAGCCAUCAACAGAGCUCUCCACGAAUCUCUGCUCCAGAAAAAGAAGAAGUACACUAGACGCAGACCCUCUGUCUCGGCAGCAACAAUACCACCCGUCUCUUCUGAUACUGCCAGUGCUCCAAACAAAAGAAAAAUCAGCCAAGUUCUGACUGAGAGUUACAGCGACCCCACAGACGGUCCCUCCUCCUCCUCCUCAACCACACUCCCGCAGAAACGCCGCCGACUUCACUCCCCACUAUCUCCCUCUCACUCUCUGGAGUCUCUCUCGUCUGAGAGCAAACCCUCCAGCCCCAGCCGAGGCAACGGUGGGACCGGCGGUGUGUUUGGUCGUCACACGUCUUCUUCCUCGCUGAGUAGUCCUCGCUCUGUCGAGAGCUCUCUGAAACUCGUCCUCAGCCCAACCUCGUGGAGCCGGUCCAGCUCCUCCAGCUGGAGUCCCACUCCGGAACCAAAUGUGGGAACUGGACCCAACAAAGGCUCUGCCGUGGGAAAAGUGUCACCUACAAAGAAGACACCGGGCAAUAAGAAGUCCUCUUUACCGAAAGCGAAACCCACCUUGGCAGUUUCAACUACGGAGGGACAACCGAAAAGGAAACGUGGGAGACCUCGAAAGUACCCUCCUAAAGAAACAACAAAGACGCCGCCGAAAUUAGGCAAGAGUGGCAAAGCUAGAGGUGGUGGUAGUAGCACAGGACUCACUAAAGGUGGAGGAGGCAAAACACCAAAGACUUACACAAAGCUCUCACUGCAGUACCACGGUGGAAAGAUGGUCAAGAGAAAGCAGCAGAGCGUGGGCAAACAGGGGAGGGGAGGAGGGCAGAGUGGUGGGAGAGGAUUACUGAGACCUAUGAGCCCAGAGGCAGCCCUGGUGCUACAUGAUCACUGCUAUAACAUGGAGCAAAUGAGUCAGGGGGAGGCAGCGAUAGCGGAAGAUGAUGCAGCUACCAAUUCGCAGACUGAAAUCAGAUCAAGCCCAUAUGCUGCACAAAGAAAGUUUGCCCAGAACCAGGCACCAAGUUCUACUCCCACAAAACUGACAAGAGAUGAAGUGGAGGGCAUGUCUCGAUUUAAAGAGAUUCCUAAGACUGAAGAUUUCAUCACUUUUCUCUGCUUGAGAGGGUCUGAUUCAAUGCCAAAGGAGUUGGAAAAGUUCUCCUUUCCGUGGACUCAACUACAGCGAAGAAAAUCAAAGGCAAGAUAUAUGCAAAUCAUCCGAAAAUUUCCUGCAUUCCACGGCAUUAAAGUUGGUAUUUUGCAGGGAAACAACGGGAAACUAAAGUCAAGAAAUGUUGCAAAGAAACUGGGAGAGUCCCUUGCCACCAGUAGUCCAGUGACUGCCAUACAUUGAGCUCCAAGACCCUACAAUUCAUAACAACCACCACUUGACAAUAUUAUUACCUUGAUCUUAUCCACUUUCCUUUUGUGCAUAAUUAUAAUGUCCAGCAAAUGUUUUAUAUCUUUUCACGUUUGCAAGAGGCCAACACACGAUUUUGUA